CACCUCGCUUGAUGCCACCCAGCCCCUACACACUCCCACUGGGAUUUCACUGCCAGCCAUGGCCCACCAGGACCACCGCCUCCUCGUCCUGCUCCUCGCCGUGGCUCUCACCGGCGCCGGCGCGGCCACGCCGCGGCAGCUGUUCCUCGUCACCCAGGCGCCCGUGACGCUCACCAACCACCACGGCCAGCUGCUCACCGGCAACCACUCCGUCAACCUGCUCUGGUACGGCCGCUUCACCCCGGCGCAGCGCGCCACGGUGGCCGACUUCGUCGCCUCCCUCUCCUCCCCUGCGCCAGCCCAUUCGCCGUCCGUCGCGUCGUGGUGGGCCACCACCGCGCGGUACCACCCGGGCGCGGCGCGGCUCGCGCUCGGCCGCCAGGUGCUCGACCCGUCGCUCUCCCUCGGCCGGCGGCUGUCGGAGGCCGACCUCGCGUCCCUCGCGGCUCGCCUCUCCCCGCACCGCGGCUCCGUCGCCGUGGUCAUCACGGCGUCCGACGUCCUCGUCGACGGCUUCUGCCUCUCCCGCUGCGGCCUCCACGCCACGGCAUCCGCCGCGGCGCCCGUGAAGAGGAGCACCCGCGCAGCGGCCACAGCCACCCGCGGGCGUGGGCGGUUCGCGUACGUGUGGGUGGGCGACUCGUCGGAGCAGUGCGCGGGGGAGUGCGCGUGGCCGUUCCACCAGCCGACGUACGGCCCGCAGGCGCCGCCGCUGGUGGCACCGAACGCGGACGUGGGGAUGGACGGGGUGGUCAUCAACCUCGCCACGCUGCUCGCCGGGGCCGUCACCAACCCGUACGGCGGCGGGUACUUCCAGGGCCCCGCCGAGGCGCCGCUGGAGGCCGUGACGGCGUGCACCGGGGUGUUCGGCGCCGGCGCCUACCCGGGGUACCCCGGGCAGCUGUCCGUGGACGCCGCGACCGGGGCCAGCUUCAACGCCGUCGGGGUCGCCGGCCGCCGGUUCCUGCUCCCGGCCAUGUGGGACCCCAAGACCUCGCAGUGCUCUACGCUCGUGUAGAACACAUCAAGAUCGAGACUAGGUGCGAUGGAAGUAAUAAUCGAUGCGUUGCAGUAGGACGAAAUGGCUGGGGCUUGGUGUAAGGAAAGAUCGGGAGGUGUGACGAUGUUCGUCUGUAUGUUCGCGUUGAUGUGUGUUUUAAAUUGUUCUUGUGAA